AAACACCACAAGCCAGCUCGAUUGGCAACACCUAUCUUGCCGACCAACCAGCUUCCUGUUGAUGAAAACAAGCCUUUUGGCCCGCAACGGCUGUGACCUUGGGUCCAGAAGACCCGGCAGACUCGAUCAUCGGGCAUGAAGAACUAAGCUUUUCGAUUUUCGGUCGGCAUCACCAAAGAGGAAGGUGCCGGCCGUGUCGGCGCGUCGAGUCAGAAGGUUUUGCGCGUUCGAUAACGGAGGUCGUCAUUAGGUGAAGGCCUAUAUCAAGGCGCAAGAGUUUGAAAGCCCACGUGGUGUCCGUAAAGGUCAAGCGGAAGCGCAAAAGCCCAUGCGAUAGUUGGGUUUUGAUUCGUGGAAGUUAUUUCGGGCCACGAGUCAUGGGAUGAUGAGAUAGCCCCAGACCACAGUUGAUAGGAUACUGACGGUUGUUUUAUCUCCCCGGUUUUGGAGGUUUAGCUACCAGCAAACUUUCUUCUGGGAAACCUUUGUUGUGUAAUUGUGUCUCUUGGCAACCUUCUUUUUUUUCGCUUACAAGGUUUUAGCAUACAUCACAACAGAAACAAUGUCUGGCAGAUUGUUUACCCAAGAAGAGGUCGGCGAGCCUGAAGCCGAGGCAUUCCUCUCAAAAGAAACACAGAAGCACAACGUCCGACAAAAUCGUCCCUUGACCGCAAGAUCUAUGCAAAACAGAUUUGCGACUUCAUUGUUUGCAAUCAGUUGUGCAAUCCUGGGUCUGUCUGUGUGGCUUCACGUCCACCCAAAGCAACCGACAGACCAGGAUUGUGUGAGGAGACUCAACGCUCCUUCCCCGGUUCACGAUGUGUUGGAGUACGAGGAUGUGCAAUUCGAUAACGCAUUCUGGAAACCCAGCCCGUAUAAAGGCAAGCCAACGCCCGAGCUGGAGGCGAAAUGGAAGGAGUUAUGGUAUUACGGCUCGUUUGACCUUCCGAGCUCGGCGCUGCCAGCCCUGAACAAGUCUCCCAAUGGCGUUGGCGGUGAUGCCUGGGCCCGUACGGCGUCCGGUAACCUGCUCGCUGGCCUCGAAGUCUUUCACAAUCUCCACUGCCUGAACUUGGUUCGGCAAUACGUGCACAAGGACGAUUUCGACUACAGCAACGACCCUGCUUUCAUUGGCGACGAUGAAAUUGUGCUUGCGCACGUCGACCAUUGCAUUGAGGCUCUUAGAAUACGGCUCCAGUGCUACGCUGAUGUCACGCCCUUCUUGCAUACUAAUGGAUCCAAAGGCACCCAGCCAGACUUUAACACACAACACCGAUGCCCCAAGUAUGAUCGCAUCGUCGAGUGGGCGAAAGAGCGACAGAUUAUGGUUGAAGUGCAUGGCGAACACGAAGGGCACGGACAUCAUUAGACGAACAGAAAUUAAGUUAUACCUUGCAACAGGAAGUAAUUUUAAGAAACAGUAGCGGUUUAGUGUUAAGGCUUAAUACAUAACUCUUU